CGAAUUCAGUUGCCUUUUUAGCUCGUUACGAGCCGGUUGUUCGUCGAUAUUUUGUGCUCUACUGUUGCUAUUGCUGUCCUCAAUCCAUCCAAAACCGAUCCAAUCCCAACCGCUUCGAUUCUAUUCUCUCCGAUCUGUUCGAAUCGCAGCGAUUUUUUUUCAACGUCGAGUUACCACAUCGCCCGAUAUAGCUAUAUUCAUAACCCAGUUGCACGUGGAAGAGGUUGUCGAGAAGACGAGUGACCAUGGCGGAGGACACACUUUCGCCGAUGGACAGAUUCUGCGGCUCCACAUUCUGGAACUCAACGGAAACAUGGUAUACCACCGAUCCUGACUUCACUCCAUGCUUUGAGCAGACGGCUCUGGUCUGGACGCCCUGCGCCUUUUACUGGGUAUUCGUAAUUUUCGACUUCUAUUACCUGAAAGCCAGUCUGGAUAGGAAUAUACCAUGGAACAAGCUAAGCGUAAGCAAGGCCUUGGUGAAUCUCGGUCUGCUGGUCAUCACUGCCCUGGAUUUGAUUAUGGCUCUAAUCAAGAAGGGCGGUGACUCUGAGCUGCCCCUCUACGACCUGGAUGUUUGGGGUCCCAUCAUCAAGUUCGCCACCUUCUUGCUGAUCUUCAUAUUCAUCCCGCUGAAUCGGAAGUAUGGCGUGCAGACCACGGGCUGCCAGUUCCUUUUUUGGUUCUUGCUUACCGUGCUAUCAAUUCCUCGCUGCCGCACUGAAGUUCGGUUGGAGGCUGAUCGCCAGGAUAUCCUAAACUCUGAUCAGCCCACCAAACCAGACUUCUCCUGGGAGGAGUAUCAGUUCGCCAGCUUCUUCAUCUUCUUCACCUUCACCUGUAUCAUGCUGAUCCUGAACUGCUUUGCGGACGGCAUGCCCAAGCAAACCAAGUACCAGAGGGGCGAGAACGAGAUUCCGGAGCUUUCGGCCAGUUUCCUAUCUAGGAUUACCUAUCAGUGGUUCGAUAGUAUGGCCCUGAAGGGCUACCGCAAUCCGCUUGAAGAGAAGGAUCUGUGGGACCUGAGGCCCCAGGACAGCUGCUCCGAAGUGAUGCCAAUCUUUGCCCACCACUGGAACCAAAACGUGCGCAAAAACUACAAGAGCAAAGCCCGUGUGGAACCUAAAGCACAGUUCAGCAAUGGAAAUGUGACCUUUGAGAAUCCCCAUGGUGAUAAGAAUGGCCGCAAAAAGGGUAUGGCCAGCAUUAUGCCGCCCAUCUACAAGUCCUUCGGAGGCGUCUUCCUUUUUGGCGCCCUGAUGAAGUUAUUUACCGACGUCCUGACUUUUGCCCAGCCACAAGUCUUGAGCUUGAUCAUUACUUUUGUUGAGGCCCAAGAAACAGUAGCGGAGCCCGAGUGGAAGGGUAUCUUGUACGCCGUCUUGCUCUUCGUUUUGGCCGCUGCCCAAACCUUCAUUCUGGGUCAAUACUUCCACCGCAUGUUUAUUGUCGGUCUGCGGAUCAGGACGGCUUUGAUCAACGCCAUUUACCGCAAGGCCCUGCGCAUUUCUAACUCUACCAAAAAGGAGUCCACCGUGGGCGAGAUCGUCAACCUGAUGGCCGUGGAUGCCCAGCGUUUCAUGGAGUUGACUACUUACCUAAACAUGAUCUGGUCGGCGCCUCUGCAGAUCGGUCUGGCUUUGUAUUUCCUUUGGCAGCAAUUGGGACCGUCUGUGCUGGCCGGUCUGGCUGUGAUGAUUAUCCUGAUUCCCGUUAACGGAGUGAUUGCAAGUCGCAUCAAGACCUAUCAGAUUAGGCAGAUGAAGUACAAGGACGAGCGUGUUAAGCUGAUGAACGAAGUCCUGAGUGGCAUUAAGGUCCUCAAGUUGUACGCCUGGGAGCCGAGUUUCGAGAAGCAAGUGUUGGACAUCCGUGACAAGGAGAUUGCGACUCUGCGAUCCACGGCCUAUUUGAACGCGGGAACUUCGUUCCUUUGGUCCUGCGCCCCCUUCCUGGUUUCAUUAGUCACAUUCGCCACUUACGUUUUAAUCGAUGAAAAUAACGUGCUUGAUGCCACCAAAACCUUUGUCUCAUUAUCAUUAUUCAACAUUCUCCGUUUUCCGUUAACAAUGUUGCCCAUGCUGAUCACCAACCUGGUGCAAACGCAAGUUUCUGUGAAUCGUAUAAAUAAGUUCCUGAACAGUGAGGAACUGGAUCCCAACAGUGUCCUCCACGAUUCCUCAAAGCCUCAUCCCAUGAGCAUUGAGAAUGGCGAGUUCUCCUGGGGCGAUGAGAUCACGUUGCGCAACAUCAACAUUGAAGUGCACAAGAGCAGCCUGGUGGCCCUCGUUGGUACAGUGGGCUCUGGCAAGUCAUCUGUGGUUCAGGCCUUCCUUGGUGAAAUGGAGAAACUUGCGGGCGUUGUCAACACCGUGGGCAAGUUGGCCUAUGUACCUCAACAGGCGUGGAUUCAGAAUGCAACGGUGAGGGACAACAUCCUCUUUGGACAGUCCUACGACCGGAAGCGCUACAACAAAGUGAUCGACGCCUGUGCCCUGCGUGCCGAUAUCGACAUCCUGUCGGCGGGAGAUCUCACGGAAAUCGGUGAGAAAGGUAUUAAUUUGUCAGGUGGCCAGAAGCAGCGUAUCUCGUUAGCUCGCGCCGUGUACAGUGAUGCCGAUCUCUAUCUGCUGGACGAUCCUCUAAGCGCCGUGGACGCUCAUGUGGGCAAACACAUAUUUGAGGAGGUGAUCGGACCCAAGGGCAUGCUGGCCCGUAAAUCUCGUGUGCUGGUCACCCACGGCGUUACUUUCCUGCCCCAGGUAGACAGCAUAUACGUAAUGAAAAUGGGUGAAAUCAGCGAAAGCGGCACAUUCGAUCAACUGGUUAAGAACAAGGGCGCCUUCGCCGACUUCAUCAUCCAGCAUCUGCAGGAUGGCAAUGAAGAGGAGGAGGAGCUUAACCAGAUCAAGCGUCAGAUCUCCAGCACCGGAGAUGUCCCUGAGUUGCUAGGCAGUGUCGAGAAGGCCAUUAAGUUGGCGCGCACGGAAAGCUUGUCGGAUUCUAUCUCCGUUACCUCCGCUGAUAGUUUAAUGGGCGGAGGAGGAAGUCUCCGUCGACGGGCCAAGCGUCAAAACUCCCAUGAUUCUGUGGCCUCCGCUGCUUCCCUGAAAAAGAAGCAGGAGGUCCAAGGCAAGCUGAUUGAAACUGAGAAAUCACAGACUGGUGGUGUGGAGUUCGCCGUAUACAAGCAUUACAUCAAGAGCGUUGGCAUCUUCCUGUCGGUGGCUACAUUGGUACUUAACUUUGUUUUCCAAGCCUUCCAAAUUGGCUCGAAUCUGUGGCUUACACAGUGGGCAAAUGAUCAGAACGUCGGAAAUGACACUGGCCUCAGGGACAUGUAUCUGGGUGUUUAUGGUGCCUUCGGAUUCGGUCAAGGUGUGCUAGCCUACUUUGCGGUGGUCAUCGUCUACCUGGGCGGCUUCCAGGCGGCAAAGACCAUCCACAAUGAGCUGCUGGCCGUCAUAAUCCGAGGCUCCGUGUGCCGCUUCUUCGAUAUCACUCCCAUCGGGCGACUCUUGAACAGUUUUAGCGGCGAUAUGGAUGUUGUCGACGAAGAGUUGCCCGCCACCAUGGAUUCCUUUAUGACCUUUAUCUUUAUGGUUCUGGCUACCAUUGUGGUUAUUAGUUUGUCAACGCCGAUUUUCUUGGCCGUGAUCGUGCCCAUUGCCUUGCUGUACUACUUCGCCCAGCGCUUCUAUGUAGCCACUUCGCGCCAGUUGAUGCGUCUGGAAUCCGUCUCCCGAUCCCCCAUCUAUUCUCACUUCAGCGAAACUGUCACUGGAGCUUCAACUAUCCGUGCCUACAAUGUGGGAGAUCGUUUUAUCGAGGAAUCUGAUGCCAAGGUGGACAAGAACCAGGUCUGCAAGUAUCCCUCCGUGAUUGCCAACCGUUGGCUGGCCAUUCGUCUGGAGAUGGUGGGAAAUCUGAUCAUUCUGUUCGCUUCGCUCUUCGCCGUCUUGGGAGGUCAAACCAAUCCCGGCCUGGUGGGUCUGUCAGUGAGCUAUGCCCUGCAGGUGACCCAAACCCUCAACUGGCUGGUGCGCAUGUCUUCCGAUAUCGAGACAAACAUAGUGUCCGUGGAGCGUAUUAAGGAGUAUGGUGAGACGAAGCAAGAAGCUGCUUGGGAAUUGGAGCAGGACAAGAGCAAGCCCAAGAACUGGCCACAGGAGGGACGCGUCGAGUUCCAGAACUUCCAGGUGCGCUAUCGCGAGGGUCUGGAUCUGGUGCUACGAGGAGUUAGCUUCGACAUCAAGGGAGGCGAAAAGGUCGGCAUCGUUGGUCGCACAGGAGCCGGUAAAUCCAGUCUUACGUUGGCCUUGUUCCGAAUCAUUGAAGCCGCCGGUGGUCGCAUCUCAAUUGAUGGCGUGGACAUUGCCACUAUGGGUCUGCACAUGUUGCGUUCCCGUCUGACAAUCAUCCCACAGGAUCCUGUGCUCUUCUCCGGUUCGCUGCGCAUCAAUCUAGAUCCUUUCGAAAUUAAAACCGAUGACGAGAUCUGGAAGGCUCUGGAGCUGUCUCAUCUGAAGUCCUUUGUAAAGAGUUUGGCAGCUGGUCUGAACCACGAGAUUGCCGAGGGUGGUGAGAAUCUGUCGGUCGGUCAACGCCAGUUGGUUUGCUUGGCACGUGCUCUGCUACGUAAGACCAAGGUCCUGGUACUUGAUGAAGCCACCGCAGCUGUGGAUCUCGAAACAGAUGAUUUGAUUCAGAAAACUAUCCGCACGGAGUUCAAGGAGUGCACUGUCCUGACAAUUGCCCAUCGCUUGAACACUAUUUUGGAUUCGGACAAGGUAAUCGUGUUGGACAAGGGUCAAAUCACUGAGUUUGCCUCUCCCACGGAGCUGCUGGACAAUCCCAAAUCGGCAUUCUACAGUAUGGCCAAGGACGCCAACCUAGUUUAAGAUCCACGAAUGUCAACUUGAAACUCUACGAAACUCAAAUGGAAGAGUGUGUGCCCCAACAACAAAAGAACCCAUAAGAAUAUAGAUGUACGAAAAGAAAUUCAAUGAAAGGUAGCUUUAAGCCAUUUGGCACUGACAACUGGCAGUCGGAAAAUGCUCUACCUCAUGGCUAGGACAAGUAACUAUGAAACAAAGCAAACAAACAAAGCAAAGAAAACAAUAACCAGAAGAAAUUAGCAAAUACCAACUGAUUGUUCAUUAGCCUAAGAGAAAUUAUUCAAGCCAGUUGCGCCUUCGUUGGUAGCUCUAUUUUCGUUUUUAAUAUGUAUAUGUAUUUACAUAGUCAAGUGUAUUUUUCUAUUGUCUAUUGUACUUAGUUUUUUAUGUAACAAAAAGAAACCGAUGUUAGCAGACGUAAAACGAGGACGAUAAGUCCACGAAUGAAAUGAACUUUGAUGAUUGCCACAUAUUUAUGUAUGUACUUAAAUUUAAAAAAAAAAUGUAAAAUGAGAAUGAUACCCAAAACUCACUCAAGAAUUUUUUGCCUUCAACUGAUAAGAUCAGUAAGAGAAAUGGUCAGCGUAGUUAAAUCAAUAUAUUAAAACUUUUGUAAAAUGUACUUACUUAAAUCAAAAAUAAACAAAGGGGAUGAAUAAUCCUCAGGAAAUCCCAAGUGAAA